AAAGAUUUUCUGAUUCCCAAAAAGUUUGAGUCGAAUCAGAAAAAGUUCUAUCAUAUCGAAGAACAAUGGCUGAAAGAUCUAACGACACGAAGGAAUGGAAUAUCGCUAGGAUGGGAAUUUCUCUGCUUUUAAAUAAUAAACCCGAGGAGGCGGAAUGCUUAUUUACUAAACACCCGCAUAGUUUCCACAUUAAGGCAGGUCGUUGCUUCGUCUUGUUCAUGAAUGCAUUGAUGACCUUCGAAAAUGAUAAACUUCAGCAGGCUGUGUUUCUGCUGAAGGAUAUGGAAAGGGAAUGCGCGAGUGAUAUAGGAUGGUUGAAAUCCAUGAAAAGUAAGGUCUUCAAAGCGGAGGAAACAGGCAAAGACUAUGUGAAUAAAUUGGAGAGGCAAAUUGUGCUAGCAGACUCGCAAGUUUGUUUAGCGAUAUUAACAUUACUGCAACAAGAAAUUACUGGUUACGUACGUGGUGGUUGGAUGUUACGUAAAGCCUGGCGAGUUUAUCAACAUGCAUACUCGCAAAUCUCACAAAUCUACAAGCGCACAUUUGGUUAUAAUCCAUCUGGAUUCGACACGAGGUGCAACACUCCACGCAAUGACUCCUCGUAUUCGCUAAAUAGUCCACAGAGUCCAGGUUCCUCGGAAUGGUCCAUACCGUCUUGCAACGAUUCAAUAAACAAGUCGACAUCGCUCUUAUCACCUUCAGGUCUGCGAAGCUCUUUAUCAAUGUUCCUCUCGCUCACUGGCAUCACGUCCGAACAACAGACACCUUUCGUUGAACCGAACGAAGUCUCCCGGUUAAUGUCGGCGGUUAGCUUUGGUUACGGGAUUUACCAACUCUGCGUCAGUUUAUUGCCGCCCUCUCUUCUCAAAUUGAUCCACUUUUUGGGCUUCGAGGGUGACAGAGAAGCAGGACUCACCGCGUUAAUGAAUGCAAGGUGUAGCAAAGAUAUGCGUGCUUCUCUUGCCACAUUGUCCCUACUUUGGUACCACACAAUCGCUCGUCCAUUUUUCGCCCUUGAUGGAAGCAAUCUCCGUGCCGGUGUAAACGCUGCAAAAGCAUUAAUUGAAGAAUGUCAACCGGAAUUCAGUAAUUCCGCGAUCUUUCUCUUUUUUACUGGUCGCAUAGAAAGACUCGAGUCGAACGUAAAUGGCGCUCUUCAAGCAUACGCAACUGCUGUUGAUGCUUCGAGUCAGAGGGAGAUCAAAUUAUUGUGCCUCCAUGAAGUGGCUUGGUGUCAUUUGAUUCGCUUGAGUUACGAAGAGGCUUAUCGAUCUUUAACACAAUUGCGACAGCAAUCCAGGUGGUCAGUGAGCUUUUAUGCUUAUUUAGCAACUGUCUGUUGUGGAGCGAUCGGUAAAUUUGACAUUGUGGCCUCCUUGUAUCGAAAGAUUCUUCAUUGUGACAACAAAAUGAACAAAGAGACGCAACUGGGUAUGUUCGUUUCACGUCGAGUUCCAAAACUCCUGAAUCAAGAGACUGAACAGACUUAUACAGCUUUGUACUACAGAUUGCUGGUAUAUGAAUUACUGUACUUGUGGAAUGCAAUGCCGUCCUGUUCUGCUGCGUCGUUGCGAGAAAUACUUUUAGAAUGCAAAAGUAAUGGUACGAACGAACCAAUGGUUGGAUUAACCGAUUUAAUCGAAGGAGCAGCCUAUUCCUAUCUUGGCGAUACGCAAGCAUCGAUUGAAAGUUAUCGAAAUUGUUUGAGGCGUCGUAAUCCGUCCAAUGAUGCCUACGAUCAACACGUUAGCGCAUUUGCGCUUUACGAUCUUGGAACUACACUUUGUACUAUUAACAACGUCGACGAAGGAAGAACGAUUCUUUUGAGAGCUCAAAAUCAGUACAACAAUUACGACUUCGAAAGCAGGCUCAAUGUACGAAUACACACUUCCUUGAGAAAUUUGGAAGUAAAGAACGUAAUGGAAACACGAGACGAUUUAAAGAGUAAGUUGAAAGAAGUUGGAUACGUGAUUCCAAAAAUGUCUGAGGCCAUUCUCUAUUUAAGAAACGAAGUGUCAGAGGGUAUGGAACUGCACACGAAAGCAUUAUUGAAGGCUAUGUCUCCGGAAACCGUUCGAAAUUUGGUAAAAAACGAACUGCAAACGUACGAUGCUGACAAAACUGGAAGAACGGAUUAUGCGCUCGAAAGUUCAGGUGGCGCGAUUCUCUCGAUGAGAAACACAGAAACAUACUCGGCCGGUGCACCGGUACUGAAACUUUUCGGAAUACCGAUUUGUCAACAACAAAAUGUACCCGAGGCUAUAAUUCAGACUGGCGUUCUUCCGGGUGAAUGCUGGGCAUUUAAAGGCACCAGCGGAAGCGUGGUAAUACAAUUACUCGGCUUUGUACACGUGUCCGGUGUCAGUCUAGAACAUAUACCACAAUCGAUAUCUCCCACAGGCGAAACAAGCACCGCUCCAAAAAAUUUUUCUAUUUUGGGCUUAAUAUGCGUAGAUGAUACAAAUCCUUUCUUCUUUGGUGAAUUUACGUACGACAAUACUGGUUCUUCUGUACAAUAUUUCGAAGCUCAGCAUACAUCGAAAAAAGCGUAUGAAAUAGUCGAAUUAAAGGUUCAUUCUAAUAGCGGUAACAAUGACUACACCUGCGUCUACAGAAUAAGGAUUCACGGUACCCUAAGCACAGACAAUAGAUAA